CGAAUGCAAGCUGCUGGUCAACUACGAUGGUAUGCCACAGAGGAUAUACUACAAUACGUUUAUCGAUUACGCAACUACUUGCUGGAAACCCCAGGGAAAUUGUCACCCACCUUUAUAUCGACCCAUCGCUUAAAUCCAAUAGAUACCACUUUUCUUUUUGAUGGUGAUCAACGAUUUCCUGCUCAGACGGCCUAUAUCUGUGAAGCUAUUGGUGGAUGGAAUGAUUUACUCCAACGUCUUCAACUCUUGACCUCGCUUGCAAUUCAUAAUAAUCGAUUAUUACGUGGAUACAGUAGUAUUACUACACAAGGUGAUGCUGAAAUGAUUUUGCUUCGCGUGAUUGAUGAAAUCAUCCAAGCCUUCGAAGCUGGUGAGGGAUUCAUUGAUCGAGAUGCUUUUGAGGAACGUUAUGAACUGGUCUGG